CAGGGAAACACAGUUUCAAGGUUUCCAAGAAUGUCCUCCAACGUCGGCCUCUCCACCCCCCGCGGCAGCGGCACCUCGGGCUACGUCCAGCGCAACGCCGCCUUCAUCAAGCCCCGCACCACGGGCUACGGCCAACCGUACCCGCCCGUCUCGGGCGCCAACUCGGGCGCUGAUUCGCGUGGCGCCGGCUUCAAGCAGCGCGUGCCGGAUCGACAGAUCCUCGAGCAUGAUCGGCGCCGCGCGGUCGAGGUCAAGGUUAUGGAGUUAAGGGAGGAGUUGGAGGAGGAGAAUGAGCGGUUGGAGGGUGCUGCAGCUGCAGCUGAGGAGGCGGGGAAGGGGGCUGCGGCAAAGAAGCAGAAGGGUGAGGCUGAGGACGAGGAGGAGGAGGAGGGCGAGGCUGCUGAGGGGAAAGGGAAACGGGUGCUCUCGGAGGAGGAGAUUGAGGAGCAGUGUCAGCAGUUACGGGAGAGGUUGUUGAGGGAGUUGGAGGAGGAGGAGCGGCGGGUUGCGGCGCGGAAGGAGAGGGAUGGGGGCAGGGGUGCGUCCGGGUAUGCGGGUGGUAAUGGUGGUGGGGGCAGGCGGUGGGGCAGGGAGAGGGACAUGCCUCCUCCUUCCAAGAAACAGUUCAAGUCGUAUCAGGUGCAUGAGUUGGCUGAGGCUAAGAUUGAGGAGAGUGAGCGGUUGAGGAGGGCGUUGGGGAUCCGCGAGGAUAGGG